AUGCGCUCAGCUGCAUUGAGAUCAGAUACUGGCAAGUUUUCUUCUCAAAAUAUUUAUGUAAUUGGCUCAAAUCCAUACUCAGUUACUGUCGUUGAUGUGAACAACGAUGACAAACCUGACAUAAUUGCAACGAAUAGUCGUGACAAUACAGUUAGUGUUCUUCUUAAUACAGGCACCGGUAAAUUUUCUAAUCAAAUUUCCUAUACAACUGGCUGGAAUCCAUACUCAGUCGCUGUUGCUGAUGUUAACAACGACACGAAACCAGAUAUAAUUACGGCAAAUUAUGGUGAGCAGACCCUUAGUGUUCUUCUCAAUGCAGGUAAUGGCAUAUUUUCUAAUCAAACUUCCUAUACAACUGGCUGGUCUUCAUACUCAAUCGCUGUUGCUGAUGUCAACAACGAUGCAAAACCUGAUAUAAUUACCGCAAAUUAUGAUGCAAACACAGUUAGUGUUCUUCUCAAUACAGGUACCGGUACAUUUUCUAAUCAAACAUCCUAUGCAACUGGCGUUCGUCCAUACGCAGUUGCUGUCGUUGAUAUCAACAACGAUGCAAAACCUGAUAUAAUCACGACAAACAGUGGUGGCGGUACAGUUAGUGUUCUUGUCAAUGCAGGUAAUGGCACAUUUUCUAAUCAAACUAGCUAUGUAACUGAAAGCAAUGCAUACGGACUUGCGGUUGUUGAUGUCAAUAAUGAUGCAAAACCUGAUAUAAUCACGGCAAAUAGUGGUGAAAAUGCAGUUAGAGUUCUUCUCAAUACGGGUACCGGUACAUUUUCUUCUGCUAUCUUCUAUGCAAGUGGUUUAUCUCCAUACGCAGUUGCUGUCGUUGAUGUCAACAAUGAUGCAAAACCAGAUAUCGUUACCGGUAAUACUGGUACAAAAACAGUUAGUAUUCUUCUCAAUACGGGCAACGGCACAUUUUCUUCUCAAACUACGUAUGCAACUGGUUACAGGCCAAGGUCAGUUGCGAUCGCCGAUGUUAACAAUGACGGGAAACCUGAUAUAAUAACGGCAAAUUCAGGUGCUAACACUGUUGGAGUUUUGUUUCAUUGCUAA